AUGAAACAAGAAGGAAAACAUGUCAUACAUUUCAUUAGUCACGAAGAGCUUUUGAAACCGUUGCCAAGUGAAUUGAAACAUUUGUUGGAUGACAGGAUUUAUGAACCAACCUCUUUCCACGAUGAUGGUCGCAUUAACGAGGAAUGUCCUUGUCUUCAUUCUGCUCUAGCUCAUCGGUGUGGUUAUCUGAUGCGAGAGGCUAUUCACUGUUACAACUCAUCCACAAUGACUCCAAGAGGUGCCGAAUGUGAGGAGCAGUUCAUGAAGCAAGCGCUCUGUGUGAAGCAGUAUGGAGGAGAAAAGGAGUGA